AUGCCUCAGAAGCACCCGAUCAUACCUGGAGGAAGACCCAGAUCCUCAUCUUAUGACGACGUUCUGGAUUUAGACGAUGCUAAUGAAGGACUAUGUGGUACUUUGUUCGUUAAUCUUAAUGAUCGUAAUUGUACAGAUGGACACAGAAGGAGUGUGGGUAGGACACACAUGACGGUACACGGCAGCGCCAGUAAUUUAAACCAGAGCGACGAUACUUUUGACAGUGAUAGCAAGCUUAGCUCCGGGAGUUCUGCAUUAUCAGGACGUAAAGGGUUAACUCUGAAAUCCAUGCGCAGAGCUGUAAGUCGGGUAUUUGUGAAAGAAUCUAAGUUAGCAGACAUGGCAGUUAAUAAAAGAUACGAAAAGUCCAACCAAACUAAUGACCUGGUAAAAGUGUGGACUCCAGAUCUUAGACACCUUGGAGAUAAAGCAAGCAGUAAAUCAAAAUCCAACGAUCUUCCAUACAGUGGUACACUGUCAACUGCUCGACCUUUAAUUACAAAUUCUCAUAUUGGAAUGCCAGUUACCAUGUGGAAAAGAACACCCGGUACAGUUGGAAUCUACAACCAUGGUAAUAAUUGUUUUAUGAAUGCCAUACUUCAGUGCUUGAGCAAUACAGAUUCCUUCACUGAAUAUUUUGUAAGAGAUUUUUACAAAAAUGAUUUGAAAAAUGGUGCUGCUGGAAAGAAAGGUGUUUUUCGCUCUUCACAUGGCAAAGUCACAGAACAGCUUGGGCAUUUCUUGAAAUGUUUGUGGUCUGGAAAGUAUACCAGGGAAGUGUCGGAAGGAUUUAAAGCAGUUGUUGCCAAAUUCAACAGUCAGUAUGAGGGAGAUGAUCAACAUGAUGCUCAGGAAUUUUUAUUGUGGCUUUUGGACAGAGUCCAUGAGGAUGUAAGCAUAUUCACGAAAAGGAAAGCAAAGCCGCAGAAAACCACACCUGUGAGGACAGACAAAGAGCUAGCAUCAGAAGCUUCACUAACCAAUGGAGAGAGUUUCAUCCUGAAGCUCAACACCUUUGACCCCUACCUAUGCCUGUCCUUGCCCCUACCCCAGGGCUACCAGCGGGUUGUGUAUGUCAUCGUUGUCUUCCUGGACUCCAAGAAGUCCCAUCAAGUCAUGAUGGCGUUCACCUUGCAUCAGUAUGAUGAGGUCAGGGAACUAAGGGAACUUGUAGCAUCUAGUGCCAGAAUUCCGGCAAAGCAGCUCAUGUUUGUUCAACUGGAAGAUGAUAGUUUUGGCACCACAUACCGUGAUGAGCAACCAUUGAGUGACAUUCCCGAGAAUGAGGUGGUAUAUGCAUUUGAAAUGCACCCAGAGAAUGCUGCCAGACGCAACUCAACACAAGAGUUUGACAGUCCCCUAUCUCAGGUGCUGAUGAUGAAUAUUGAGAUCACAGGAGAGUCAGCCGACAGAUUUGGCAGCCCGGCUGUACUGAGGGUGAGAAGAGACGUCACAUGGACGGAUCUGCACAUGGAGAUCCUGAAAAAGAUGGAGAAUUCAUUAAGUGAUGAUAAACUUGAUGAUUUGUUUUUGUUGAGAAUAUAUGAUGGAAGCACUCGCAAGUACUACCUGCCUUCUGACGUAGAAUUACCACUGUACACUCAGUCUGUUGAAAGAGCAUUCUCUGCAUCCCAAAAGAAUUCUGGUGUGCCUCACAUCAAGAUUAUUGCUGAAUGGGACUCAAAGACAAAGUCACGAUUUGUCGUUGAUGACCGGGAACACAUAGAAACCUCUGCCUCUGUUAAGAAAGCACAGAACAGCCCUCUAGGCCAUGGGAAGGUUACUCUGGAAGAGUGCUUCCGGCUCUACACAAAGGAAGAAAAG